AUGCUGGCCUCCGGAUCCCUCUACGUCUUUGCCCUCUACGCCCCCUCCUUCACCGGCCGGUUAGGCUACUCCCAAACCCAAACCAGUACCAUCGCCGUCAUUGGAGAUAUCGGACUCUAUGGCGUCGGCCCCCUCUCAGGAUUGAUGGCUGAUCGGUUAGGAGCUCGCAUCCCUGUCAGCUUUUUUGGAUUGUCGGCGGCAGUAUUGACAUUUAUUGCGCAGGCGUUCUUCAUGAUGAAUGUUGGCGACUUUAUCAACAACAUCAGCAGCAACAACAAACCAACGAGCCCAAAGAAUCCACAGGAGGGGGCGGAGGAACUGGACACGGUCGGAUUCUUGUUGUUCCUCGGAGUUGCAGGAGGUGUCAUUAAUGGUCUUUCAGUCUUCGGGAUGAACAUCUUGGCACCGCCUACCAUAACGACUGAUCCCGAGAGUAAUACGACAACUGCACCAGUACAGGGACAGGGACAGGCACCAUUAUCGGAACAGACACCAUUGUUGAGAGAGAACACGACAACGGACACCCUUGCGAGCCGACAGAGCGAUUAUACGCUUGGUACACAGGCGGCAACGACGACGGUGCCAGCCGUGAGUGAUCCGCCGCUCAAGCCUAGGGAUGGAAGGCGGUAUGUCCGGUCGAUCAGUGGCAUGGAGUUCUUUAUGGAUGGCGAUGCACAGGCAUUCUUUGUGAUCAUGGUCUGUCUUGCAGGAACUGGACUUAUGAUCAUCAAUUCGAUCUCUGCCAUGGUGGAUGCCGUCGCAGGAGCCGAACAAGGAUUAGGACCAGGAAUACCACUCUUGGGCGCAGCAUUUAGAGGCGAUGGAAGUGGUGAGGACGGCAAGACCCCCGUGGCGUCGAUCCGCGCAACACAUGUCGUCCUGAUCAGUCUAUCGAGUUACGCAGGUCGAAUUAUGUCUGGACUCGGAUCGGAUUUGGCGAUUGUCACGCAUGGCGCCCACCGGGUCUAUGCAGUUCCGAUUGCGGCGAUCUGUAUGGGUCUGGCUCAAGUCGCAGGACUGUUUGCGAACCUCCAUUGGUUAUACCUGACGUCGAUCUUGACGGGAUUGGCCUAUGGAGGGUUCUUUGGCGUUGCCGGAACCGUUGUUGCGGAACUUUGGGGUGAAGAGACCUGUGGCCAGAACUGGGGAUGGCUGUCAUGGGGUUCGGCGAUUGGAGGAAUGCUGUUCAACCUGCUGUUUGGACUGAUCAUGGAUGCCGAGCGACCUGAGGCUGUUGGAAAAUCUCCACGACCACACCACGAGGGUUAG